ACUCCGAAAGCGCUAUCUCACGAUUGUUGCAUUAUCGAUUGACUUGUGUUUGUUCGGUUCGUGUACUACCGGCGCGAUAACGAGCUAAUCAAAUGAGAUAAAGGAGCGCACUUUUUUGCAAUUGUCGUCAUUGUGUUUCUUGUGGGCGGCGGUACCUGCCGAAUUCUAGCUUUGUCCGUUAAUCGUUAAUCAACACUGCAAAAUGGUGGUUGCUAAAAAGUGGAUCUACGCCAAGGCCUUCUCCGGGCUACCAACGGCCGAAAACUUUCGCUUGGAAGAGGAAACGAUUGCCGAUGUCAAAGACAAUGAAUUCCUCGCCGAAGCACUGUUCCUCAGUGUGGAUCCGUACAUGCGUCCGUACAUGCUGGAGUUUCCCGUCGGUUCGGUCAUGAUUGGUGGUCAGGUGGCGAAGGUACUGGAAAGCAAACACCCAAAAUUCCCGGUUGGAAGCUACGUUCAUGGCAGUUUCGGUUGGAGAACGCACACCGUUUACAAUCCGGAUAACGAAACCGGCUGGAAAGCUUACGUGCUGCCCGACUUCGGUAAGGAACCGCUGUCGCUGGGUCUAGGUGUACUGGGAAUGCCCGGGAACACGGCUUAUUUCGGUUUACUGGAGAUUUGCAAACCGGUAGCCGGCGAAACGGUAGUCGUUAGCGGAGCAGCCGGCGCUGUGGGAAGUCUGGUGGGACAAAUUGCCAAAAUUAAGGGUUGUCAAGUUGUCGGAAUCGCUGGAACGGACGACAAGUGCAAGUGGCUGAAAAGUAUUGGAUUUGAUCAUCAGGAAUCAUAUUUGGAGAUUUGUGCCGAGUUGAAGAAGGCUGCCCCGAAGGGUGUCGAUUGCUAUUUCGAUAAUGUGGGUGGAAAGAUUACGGAGAUCGUUCGUGGGCAGAUGAAUACUUUCGGUAGGAUUUCCGUUUGUGGAACGAUCUCGAACUACAACUCACAACCGGAGAAGGUGGUCGAUCCCCAGCGGGACUACGUUUGGAAGCAGCUGAAACAGGAAGGUUUCAUUGUGCAUCGCUGGCACGAACGUCAGCUGGAGGGAAUUCAGCAGAACCUAAAGUGGAUUCAGGAGGGAAAACUCAAGUACAAGGAAACGUUCACGGAAGGAUUCGCGAACAUGCCGAAAGCCUUCAUCGGGAUGCUUACGGGGGAAAACACCGGCAAAGCGGUUGUUAAAGUUUAAAAAUGUGUGUUUAUUGCGGAAUUAAAUUUUAUAAGAUCA